AUGACUGACGAAUCUGCUUCGCAGACGCCGUUAAAUGGUACGGUCACCGCCUUUCUUUCUUCGCCGUAUAAAGCAGCGGUUCAAGGGAACAAAACCUUCGAUCUUUCGUCGGUAAACUUUGGGAGAAGAAGUGGAGAAAGCAGAGACGCAGGGCGAAGCGAUUUGGAAGCACGCUGGAUCGCAGAAAAAGAAAGACGGGCAGUGAAAAUCUUGAGCCUCAAAAUAGAAACAUUCCAAAAGCUGGUAAUGUCUGAAACCAAGAUUUUCUAUCUCAGGCUGUUGGGAAAGCCAUUUACUUUUAUUCCAAAGUCAUGGUUGGACAGCAAACAGCCCUUGCUUGCAAAACAGCGGUCGAGCACGUGGAGCCAUGAAACCCAACUGGAAUCUCCUGAAAGCAAACAACCCUUGCUUGCAAAGCAGCGGUCGAGGACAUGGAGCCAUGACACCCAACUGGAGUCUCCUGGAAGCAAACAGCCCUUGCUUGCAAAGCAGCGGUCGAGGACAUGGAGCCAUGACACCCAACUGGAGUCUCCUGGAAGCAAACAGCCCUUGCUUGCAAAGCAGCAGUCGAGCACAUGGAGCCGUGAAACCCAACUGGAGUCUCCUCAAAGCAAGGAACCCUUGCUUGCAAAGCAGCGAUCGAGGACAUGGAACCGUGAAACCCAACUGGAGUCUCCUGCUGUAGUCCAGUCUCUCUCUGGCAAACAGGUGAGUCUAAGCCAUGAAGUCCGUCCGGAGAAAAAACUUCGAGAAAUGAACCCUCUAGGUGGUAAUGUGAAACAGCUUUUGCUUCAAUGUGCUGAAGCUGUAUCAGAGAAUAAAUCAGAGGAAUUCAAGUUAUUUGCUGAAGAAGUCCGCAAUGCUGUUUCCAUCACCGGAGAGCCUAUUCAGCGUCUUGGUGCUUAUAUGCUAGAAGGACUUGUGGCAAAACAGGAGUCUUCAGGUACCAACAUCUACCGGGGUAAGUACCGCGAGCUGGACAACAACAAGCUUCUUUCAUACACUCACAUCUUGUAUGAUAUCUGCCCUUACUUCAAGUUUGGAUAUAUGGCCGCAAAUGGUGCAAUUGCUGAAGCUCUAAAGAAUGAAGACAUGAUCCAUAUAAUAGACUUUCAGAUUGCUCAAGGAACCCAAUGGGUUACACUAAUACAGGCUUUCGCAGCAAGACCUGGGGGGCCACCACACUUGCGAAUCACAGGGAUCAAUGAUCCAUCAGCAGACCAUGCGCGAGGAGACAAUCCGAAUCUAGUUGAGAACUUGUUUUCUGACAUGUCCAAGAAGUUCAACAUUCCCCUGCAAUUCCGCAGCCUAACUGUGCACGGACCUGAGGUCACAAGAGAAAUGUUGGACAUCAGAACUGGGGAAGCGCUCGCUGUGAACUUCACUCUUCAGCUACACCACACCCCGGAUGAGAGUGUCGAUGUGAACAACCCUCGCGACGGCCUGCUCAGAAUGAUAAAGGGAUUGUCACCCAAAGUAACUACUCUGGUUGAGCAAGAGUCAAACACCAACACAACACCUUUCCUGACAAGAUUCUCAGAGACAUUGAAUUAUUACUCUGCGAUGUUUGAAUCUAUCGACGCGACUUUAGCAAGGGAUAGGAGGGAGCGGAUAAGCGUGGAACAGCACUGCCUGGCGAAGGACAUAGUUAACAUCAUCGCCUGUGAAGGCAAGGAGCGAGUGGAGAGGCAUGAGCUGCUUGGGAAGUGGAGAUCCAGACUCACCAUGGCAGGUUUCAAGCCCUAUCCACUGAGCUCCUAUGUGAACUCCGUGAUAAAGACUCUGUUGGGUCAUUACUCUGAUAAAUAUACAGUGUUGGAGAAGGAUGGCGCAUUACUUCUCGGAUGGAAGAACAGGAACCUGAUCUCAGCGUCAGCGUGGCACUGAUCUAAGGACCCUUUUAACACGGUUUAGAUUAGUUUCUUGCAUAAACAACAUCCACGUAAUGGCAUAUGGAGCUUGAUCAAGCGGCUUGUUUGAUUUCUUCCGCUUCAUUUACAUUCUGCCAAUGCUGCAAACUGUCCUAGUACACUUGUAAUCUUAUCUUGUUAAUUAGAAAAAACUACUUGAGAGCUU